ACAUAAAGGUACGAGGCUACGAGCUCCUCCACGACAAUCCACACCAACACCAAACCACGGUGGCCGCCGAUCGACCCGGCCACGCCUGAGAGCAGCAUCUUGCCGGAGACAUGGCAUCCGCUCCUGCGGCGGUUCCCCGCGUGAAGCUGGGCUCCCAGGGAAUGGAGGUCUCGGCGCAGGGCCUCGGCUGCAUGGGCAUGUCCGCCUUCUACGGCGCGCCCAAGCCCGAGCCCGACAUGGUCGCGCUCAUCCGUCACGCCGUCGCCGCCGGAGUCACCUUUCUCGACACCUCCGACAUGUACGGGCCGCACACCAACGAGAUGCUGCUCGGCAAGGCGUUGCAAGGCGACAUGAGGGAGAAGGUGGAUCUGGCCACCAAGUUCGGCAUCUCGUUCGCAGACAACAAGUGGAACAUCCGGGGGGAUCCAGCGUACGUGCGCGCGGCUUGCGAGGGCAGCCUCAAGCGGCUGGGUGUCGACUGUAUUGAUCUCUACUACCAGCACCGCAUCGACAAAAAUGUGCCCAUCGAGGUCACGAUUGGCGAACUCAAGAAGCUAGUCGAAGAAGGAAAGAUAAAAUACAUCGGACUAUCUGAAGCAUCUGCAUCAACAAUCAGAAGGGCUCAUGCUGUCCAUCCUAUUACUGCAGUUCAGCUGGAGUGGUCAUUAUGGUCUAGAGAUGUGGAAGAAGACAUAAUUCCAACUUGCAGAGAACUUGGAAUCGGAAUCGUACCUUACAGCCCACUUGGUAGAGGAUUUUUCUCUGGUGGAGCAAAACUGAUCGACUCGCUAUCAGAUCAGGACUACCGCAAGCAUAUGCCCAGAUUCCAGCCAGAAAAUCUUGAGAAGAAUACCCUGAUAUUUGAGCGUGUUAACGCAAUGGCAACAAGAAAAGGGUGCACACCAUCACAACUUGCAUUGGCCUGGGUUCAUCAUCAGGGGAGCGAUGUUUGUCCCAUACCUGGCACAACAAAAAUCGAGAAUUUCAACCAGAAUGUGGGAGCACUAUUUGUGAGGCUCACACCAGAGGAGAUGGCCGAACUCGAGUCCUAUGCCACUGCCGGUGAUGUCCAGGGUGAGCGGUACUCUGAAAUGGCGAGUACUUGGAAGUAUUCUGAGACCCCUCCAUUGUCAUCCUUGAAAGCUGCGUAGCCAUUUUUCUUCAGUGGGACUACAGAAGUUCAUGAUUCCAAACAGGCACAGGAGGGUAAUCAUAGUUGUGUUUUUGGAGUAUUGACCAGAGUUGGACUCCCAUUGUUGCGAAUGCCGGUAUGUAAAAUAAGCUGUGGUAUGUAUGUGUGUAUGCUUCGUUGUUGGUAUACAACUAGUGUGUUGAAUAAGCUUGUGUGCUGUAGUGCUACAUAAAGGUGUGGUAAAAAUACAUGUUGACAAAAAGAAUAAUCAUGUACAAAUUGUCCCUUGGGUUAUAUUUUUGUGAAAGCAUAUGGACACAGUGCUUGUAGGGGAA